CCAUUUUAAGUUGGGCAGUCGUCAUUUCACAUCGCUACAGUAGGACGGAGAACGUCAGGACUCAAUUUCAUCAAAUUUCUCUUACAACUUAAGUGGAGAAUUGCCUACUAUGAAUUGAAACUCUUCCUAACAUCAAACAAGUAGAUCCUAGUGAAGUGACGCAUAAGCCAGUAGUUUCCAGUGUCGUGUUAGUUUUUGCACCUAAAUGUAGAGGAAAUGGCUGUGGAAAGCAUGACUGUCCAUCCAAACUCCCCAACUACCAACCACGAACACAACAGUCUCCGGACUGACGAAAGGUCGAGUAAUUCUACAGUCAUAUUUAAAUGAAUUUUAUUUAUUUGUCCUGUGCUUUGACACAAAAGCCCGGGCUUUCUUUUUCUUUUUCUGUCAAAGGGAUUAAACUCGCCUUUUUGGAAAACCAGUACAAAGGUAAAGAGCGCCAUGUUGACCCGACAACGACAACUGGGAGGCCAAUAGCAUCUGGGAGAACUUUAUUCCCUCUAUUCUCAAGUUAUUUCUACCAACGACCAACCGACUUCGGUCGAGUUAUCGGAAGAAAUACCGAUGAAGCUGAGCCAGUUGAUCAAUCAAACGUUCACCGCCAUUUUAGCCAAUUCAUCGGGUAUAAAGCUCCGGCUAACUACCAGCCCCGUUUCUGCCACUUUCACCGUUAAACUCCGUAUUUUCGGAAAGUUCGUUUAUUGCGUAAGUGCGACUCCUGCACGUAACUGACCGAGAAUCCAAAACAGGGAUUUUGGUGAUAAUGUGGCCCUGUGAGACUAAUCUGGCCCUGUUUGAAUGUAGCUAUGUUAGCCUGUGGCUAAUGUCACCAGGCUGCGGUUUGCCAACUGAAAAAGGCUAAGCUAACUGAUGCUAACGUUUCAUUUACGUUAACUCACGAUUUAUUUACGCCGCCGAUCGUUGUUAACAUGCUUAUAUCAAUUAAUCGGUCUGGAUGGGCGCCAAUUCACAUCUAUCGAUUCAUUUUGUGUCAACGUCCAGUAAGGAAGAGCUCCGUGUGUGUUAAGUGUUAGCACUACGCACUUAAAAUGUUCACCUGUCUUUGGUCUGUCUGUCAGGUCCACGGGUAAGAACUCUUAUUUUGGGUCCCAAACAACCUUUGAUUAUUGAUUUUCCCUUCCCAAAGCCUUAAGAAUAAUUUAUUUUCAUAAAUAUGCUUUAUGUUUAUGAUUAACCCUCAGUCUUUUAUUAGUGUUUAAGUUUUUCUAACUCAUUUGUGAUGCCUGUUAAUCAGCUGGUCUAAACUAUGUCACUUUUUUCACAGUCGUGCCCAAACUGACUCGUUCAAAACAUCCACAAGAGUCCCCAAAGUGUGUUAUAACGUCUGCAAAGCAUCCCAGAAGUGUUGAAGUCAAACACAAAAGUCCCUUUUCCAUAGUUAACUUAGGCGAUUAAUCCAGUUGGCCCUACCUCCAAGUCCCAAAGACCCCUGUAGUGCCCCUUAGGAAAAAAAACAAAAAAACCUUUUUAAUGGUUUUUGUUGCAAAAGUGAAGAAAGCCUGUCACAGUAAGUAUUCCCCAUUUUAAUCACGGCCCUUUGCUUUGAUAGUAGUCACAGAUAUGGACUCAUCCACAGAGCUAAUAAUGUACCAUACUGCAUGGUAACUCCUUGAGAAGCUGUUACUGAUUGACCUGUCAGGAUUUUUCACACUUGUUUUCUUGUGGGAUGUAAACAGAGUUUAUGGAAAUUUCUUUGGCGUAGUUACUGUCCAUGUAGGACUUGGUCUUUCUGCACUUGGUAUUCGUUGAGUUUUUGCUUGUGCAGGGUUUGAUCAAUACCACAAAUGUGUGACUAGUAAACCACAGUUAUUCCUCCUCCCAGGUCUUAAACUUCUUCAGUUGGCUAAUGGAUGGGAGCUUCAAUGAGAUGUCACUGAUAGGACGUGUUAUUGUCUUGUCUGAGCUUAAUGAAGGCAGGGUGUAGUCUGAUUAUGCUGGCUGUUUGUCUGAAGAGUGCUACAGUACUGGGAGCUGGUGAUGUGUGUGAUUAACAUCCAGACAGACCCGAGGGGCCAACAGUGUAUUUCUCUAGUGAAACCUCACCAUCCCUGUUCAGGACAGCCUUUCCUAACGCAGCCAAAUCCCUGAACUAUGAGAGAGAGAGAGAGAGAGCGCUCUGUUGUGUCAGGAAAGUUUUCCUUGUGGUGUUCGUGUGCCCUGCAGCUGUGCUGCUCAUGCCAACAGUGAGGUAGAGGAGUGACUUGGCUGCUGGGAUCAAACUCCAGUUUGUUGUGUUUGGCUUUAAAGUUGGUGCAGGAUAAAGACCCUGUUGGAGUGAAGUAUGUUAGACAGGGAGAUGGGAACCCAGGAACUAAUGUCCUGCAGGUUUGGGGUUUCGCUCUCCUUUAAAGGGCUGAAAUCUGAACACAGAGUUUGUUGUUUACCUCUGGAUGAUGUUGUUUUGUGCUCUUUAACAUAGAGAGGUUGGAGCUACACCAGAUUUCUAAUUAUGAUCAAACCAGGUUUGAUGAAGUAUCCGGACAACCAAGUUCAGUGAAACUCAGAAAAAACUGCAAAUUUAAAGCAUUGAAUUGUGGGUAAUUUCAGGAUCUCCAGUGGUGGUAGAAUCUGUUAGCUGAGAGGUGAGGAUGAACACAUCAUGGAGAGAGUUUACAUUAUGACCAAUUCAGAUGGUGUUUUAUCAGGAUCAGCAGAGCAAACAUAGAAGAGUAAGUACGCUCUCAGCAUGCACACAGUUUAACAGAUAAUUAUAAAACUUCGACAAGACUUCUGUACUAUAGACUGUUUCUGGGUCACUAGAGACCUGUUUGUGAACCAGUCUGUGCAGGUGAGUCUUCUGUUAGUGUCAGAGAGAUGAAUCAGGAUUAUUCAGGGGGUGACAGUGGAACCCCAGGGGGGAGAGUGUGUGUGUGUGUGUGUGUGUGUCGAGGGUGUGGUGAGGUUCACUGUACACACACACACACACACACACACAGACGCACACACAGAGCGGCAGACAUGUUCCCUCAGAGCAGGUCUGUAAACCCUCACACCUGUCCACUGACUGUAUGCUCUUCAAACCGCUGAACCUCCUCCUGAGGGGUCAGUUUUAGGGCUGCGGUCUUCUCUCUGCUCACCAGGAUCAGGUCUUAAGGCAGGCAGGUCCUGCCAGCCUGUUUCUGCUGUGCCUGGACCGAUUUUAACGGUGCAGGGAUCUGAGUUAGACCGGCCUGGACUGUGAAUGAAAUCACAAACGAGAGAAAAUGGCCGACAGGUCAGUCUGACAGGAUGUUCAAAUGUUUACGGCAAAUACGUUUUUACUCACAGUGCCUCACAGGAGAGUCAUGUCUGAACACGCUGUGUGGGAGAAUAUCAUCACAGAAGGGGUCUCCUCAGCCCUGUAAGGGUCUGACCUUUGACCUUGUCUGUGCAUGUAGGGGCUCUUGAUAUCUGACUGGUGUGCCUCCUUUUAUGGACAUGUGUUCUGUGUUCAUUUACAUGUAUACAGUCUGGAGUUAGAGUACAUUUAUAAAUACACUCUUAAUUAUUCUCCCCUCGUGAGUUUUUGUCGGUGUCUGUAGAGCAGCAGUAUAUCCUGCUUCACUUUGUCUCAGUUCGGCUCACAGCUGUAUUUAUAGUUUCAUCAUGGAGGGUUUUAUUUGAUGAAUGACAUGAGUGAUAUAACAGACAGACACAUGUACUUCAUGAUAUUUAGAGUGUUGUUUAUGGUCACGGUCGAACUCUCAGCUGUUUUGAUCGCUCAGUCUUGGUUCAUUGUUGGUGUUUUUAACAGACAGUGAGUUAGGAGCAUUAUGGACCAGCCCUUCACAGCAGUUAAUACAGGGAGGUAUCUAAUAUACAGGUAAUAGUGUAGGACCUCUGGUGGUAACACACACACACACACACACACAGCUGUUCUCAAACCUCCCUCUGUGUGUUCGGUGUCUGUAAAUAAAACAGCCUAUUUCUCUGUCAUGUUCUUCUGUAAAUCCACACGGCAGAGAGUCGAGGGUGACCUCAAGUUUAACUCGUCACUGACUCUCCCUUAAAGCUGUUUUUACAGGCUGACGUGUUUAAAGGUCAAAAACUGAAAAACAGCGUCUUAAAAACGUCCUCUCCACAAAUAAAACCCGCAGCUUUAGCAGCCGUUCGGGUUAAAUGACGAAUCGUUUUAUCGUGAUCGGUGAGCGCUGAAAACGAACCAUGAAAACAUCCAUGUCCUUUUUCUGCUGCAGAUGUUCUCUGAUCUUCUCGUGUCGUUUUCAUCUGUGAGUGUCCGACUCUUCAAUCUAACAUCUCACAUUUUCACCAACAGGCCCGAGGAUGGAGAGCUGGAGGAGGGAGAGCUGGAGGAUGACGGAGGAGAUGUGGGAGAGGAGGUGGACGGAGGUGCGUCUGCAGCAGGAGGAGGAGGAGGUGGUGGUGAGGGGGCUGAUGAAGCAGGCGAAGGUGAAGCAGAAGGGGAAGCGGCCUCAGAGAGACCACGGCGAAGUCGAGAACGCCACGGGAGCAGCGGGUCCGAUGAUGAGAGGUCCCACCGCCGCAAGAGGAAGAGGAAAAAAGAGAGGGAGCGGGAGAAGAGGAGGUCCAAGAAGAAACGCAAAUCCAAACACAAGGUAAGAAAGUUGGAGAACGUAGAAGUGAGAUGAGACGAACCAAAACGAUGAACGGAGAUAAACCCGUGUGUGUGUGUGUGUGUGUGUGUGUGUGUGUGUGUGUUUCCUUCUCUCAGCGUCACGCAUCCUCUGAUGACGACCACUCAGACUUCAGCGACGACUCUGACUACAGUCCCAGCGAGAAGAGGAAGUACAGGGACUACAGUCCACAGUACCCCCCCUCUGUAAGUCCAAACCCGUCUUCACUCUAGAAACCCUCAGUCUCAGUGUCUUCAUGAAGUCGGCUAACAUGAUGAACGUGUCUUCAGUCUCACGGAGGAUACGGCGGCUCCAAGAAGAGCAGCUACAUGAAGAUGGACAAGCAGAGCUACGGAGGUUACGAUGACUACGAAGAAGACAACUACGAGGGCGAGGAGGAUGAAGAAAUGGGCGAGGAAGAUUAUGACGACUUCACCAAGGAGCUCAACCAAUACCGCAAGGCCAAAGAGGGAGGCGGCCGCAGCGGACGAGGUGGGUUCAUCGAUCAGGACCAUCAGAGAGGUGUAGACCCAGUACGGGUCCACCUGAGACUUAGUCCAACAGGUGAGACCACAGAGCAGAUUAAGAGCUGGAUGAUAAUCUGGAAGGUGGAGAUGAGGAUCAGGAGCUUCUCAGAUACCAGCAGGUUUUUUUUUUAUCACGUUCUUCUCACCUUAAAUUCAACCGAGACUCCUGACGGUCCAGGGUUCCUUAUUGACCCCAAACCCUGAAGAUCAGUCCACUAAAGUUGUAAUUGAUUAACCUGUGUGUCCACAGGGGGCCGAGGUCGAAUGAGGGGCAUGAGGGGCCGUGGAGGACUGAGAGGAGGGAGGAGAGGAAGAGGAGGGAGCAGAGGAAGAGGAGGCCGCGGUGGAAAGAUGGGAGGAGACAAUGACGACGGAGACGGUUAUGGAGAUGAGAUGGAGGUGAGGGUCCGAAUUCAGGUUCUAAAUGAAGGUUCAAGAACUCAGUCACCAACAUGUGGGUCUGUCCCGACAGUACGGGGACGAGGACUACGACAACAUGGGGGACGAGGACUACGACGACUACUGCAAGGAGCUGAGUCAUUACAAGAAGUCCAAAGACCGGGGCAGAGGUGAGUCUGCAGAUCUGUGUGUGUGUGUGUGUGUGUGUGUGUGUGUGUGUGUGUGUGUGUGCGCGUGAACUCACGCUCUGCUCUUAAACCGUCUCAGGAGGAAAAGGUGGCCGUGGGCGGGGCAGAGGUAAAGGAGGGCGGGGCAUGAUCAGAGGAGGAAAAGGUCGAAACCGAGGCAGAGGAAGAGGAGACAUGGGAAACGAUGAUGACAACAGUGGAGACAUGGACAACGGGGUAAGACUCAGUCUGAAGGACUCUGGUGGAAAUGAACCGUGUGAUCCAGAGUGAGAAGAUGAUGGAGAAGGUGUGAUCUUCUGUGUGUUUUAGGACGGAGGUGGAGGAGGAGACGGGCCAGGAAUGGGGAGGAGGAACCAGAACGAGAAGCACCAGGAUAAGAAAGGAAAGGCUAUCUGCAAGUACUACAUCGAGGGACGAUGCACAUGGGUGAGAAAGUCCAACAUCAGAGUGUGGGCCUCACAGCAGGAUCUAAUGAACCCUGAGUGGGACCGAAGUUCUCUGAAGUCCACGUUUAAUUCACCUUCACCCUUUCAUCACCUACAGGGGGACCACUGUAACUUCAGCCACGACAUCGAGCUGCCCAAGAAGAAGGAGCUCUGCAAGUUCUACAUCACUGGAUUCUGUGCAAGAGCGGACCACUGUCCGUACAUGCACGAUAUCCUUUAACAUGUUCAACUGGGAACCACUCAAACCAGUCAGAGUUAUUCUUACACGUAGACCAGUGAAACCAGUCAGAGUUCUUCUCCCCCAGUGUUUGUCCUUGACUCCUGCUCACGUGAGUUCCCCUGUAAGUUGUUCCACACCACGGGGAACUGUGUGAACGGGGACGAGUGUAUGUUCUCCCACGAGUCCCUCAACGAUGACACCCAAGAGCUGCUGAACAAGGCAGGUUCCUCCUCACACACUCGGUCCUCUUUACUGGACCAGUACCAGUGAGUUCUGGUCUCCGUCAGUGUCGGCUGUGAUCAUGACUGAGCGUGUGUUUUCAGAUGCUGGCUGAAGAUGCUGAAGCUGGAGCUGAGGAUGAGAAGGAGGUGGAGGAGCUGAAGAAGCAGGGGAUCAACCCUCUCCCUAAACCCCCUCCUGGAGUUGGACUUCUCCCCACUCCUCCUAGACCGGUUCCUCUGGACAACAACACCGGACCUGUCGACUUCAGUGGGCCUGCAGCUGGGGACUUUGGGGGUCUUCCUGGACCCAACCAGGGGCCCAUUUCCACCAAAUGUCCCCCAGUACCAGGACAAGGGCCUGUCCCUGGGCCGAACAUGUGUGCUGGACCCCCUGUCCUUGGCCCUGAUGGAAGUCCCUUCCAGGGAGGACCCCCAAAUCCAGGGUGUCCCCCUCCUCACAUGGGCCCUCCACCUCCAGGUGGUGCAGGUGGAGGAGGCGGAGGGAAGAAGAUCCCCUCGUUGUUUGAGAUUAAAGUCCAGCCGACGGGACAGCUGGCUCAGAAACUGGCCGUCAGGUAAGAGGUCCAAAAAACCAAACAGACUUCUGGGGGGUCAAAGGUCACGGUCGGUGUUCGAAAGGUUCUUAUGUAGACCUUCACCUGGAGGCUGUAGAUGUGACCUUCAGUUCUGGUUUAACCUUCUAAUGACGUCUGCAGAGUUAAAAUGGAAGAUAAUAAAGUCAGACAUGAGGAGAGAGUUAAAAACGAGGAGAGAGUUAAAAACAUGAGGAGAGUUAAAAACAGUUAAAAACAUGAAGAGAGUUAAAAACAGUUAAAAACAUGAAGAGAGUUAAAAACAUGAGAGUUAAAAACGAGGAGAGUUAAAAACAUGAAGAGAGUUAAAAACAGUUAAAAACAUGAAGAGAGUUAAAAACAUGAGAGUUAAAAACGAGGAGAGUUAAAAACAUGAAGAGAGUUAAAAACAGUUAAAAACAUGAAGAGAGUUAAGAACAAGGAGAGUUAAAAACAAGGAGAGUUAAAAACAAGAAGAGAGUUAAAAACAGUUAAAAACAUGAAGAGAGUUAAAAACAAGGAGAGUUAAAAACAAGGAGAGUUAAAAACAAGAAGAGAGUUAAAAACAGUUAAAAACAUGAAGAGAGUUAAAAACAGUUAAAAACAUGAAGAGAGUUAAAAACAUGAAGAGAGUUAAAAACAGUUAAAAACAUGAAGAGAGUUAAAAACAGUAAAAAACAUGAAGAGAGUUAAAAACAGUUAAAAACAUGAAGAGAGUUAAAAACAUGAAGAGAGUUAAAAUUAUGAGAGUUAAAAACAGUUAAAAACAUGAAGAGAGUUAAAAACAUGAAGAGAGUUAAAAACAGUUAAAAACAUGAAGAGAGUUAAAAACAGUUAAAAACAUGAAGAGAGUUAAAAACAUGAAGAGAGUUAAAAACAUGAGAGUUAAAAACGAGGAGAGAGUUAAAAACAUGAAGAGAGUUAAAAACAGUUAAAAACAUGAAGAGAGUUAAAAACAUGAAGAGAGUUAAAAACAGUUAAAAACAUGAAGAGAGUUAAAAACAUGAAGAGAGUUAAAAACAGUUAAAAACAUGAAGAAAGUUAAAAACAUGAAGAGAGUUAAAAACCUGAGGAGAGUUAAAAACAGUUAAAAACAUGAAGAGAGUUAAAAACCUGAGGAGAGUUAAAAACAGUUAAAAACAUGAAGAAAGUUAAAAACAUGAAGAGAGUUAAAAACAGUUAAAAACAUGAAGAGAGUUAAAAACAUGAAGAGAGUUAAAAACAGUUAAAAACAUGAGGAGAGUUAAAAACAUGAAGAGAGUUAAAAACAGUUAAAAACAUGAAGAGAGUUAAAAACAUGAAGAGAGUUAAAAACAUGAAGAGAGUUAAAAACAGUUAAAAACAUAAAGAGAGUUAAAAACAUGAGGAGAGUUAAAAACAUGAAGAGAGUUAAAAACAUGAGAGUUAAAAACAUGAAGAGAGUUAAAAAACAUGAGGAGAGAGUUAAAAACAUGAAGAGAGUUAAAAACAUGAAGAGAGUUAAAAACAUGAAGAGAGUUAAAAACAGUUAAAAACAUAAAGAGAGUUAAAAACAUGAGGAGAGUUAAAAACAUGAAGAGAGUUAAAAAACAUGAGGAGAGAGUUAAAAACAUGAAGAGAGUUAAAAACAUGAAGAGAGUUAAAAACAUGAAGAGAGUUAAAAACAUGAAGAGAGUUAAAAACAUGAAGAGAGUUAAAAACAUGAGAGUUAAAAACAUGAAGAGAGUUAAAAAACAUGAGGAGAGUUAAAAACAUGAAGAGAGUUAAAAAACAUGAAGAGAGUUAAAAACAUGAAGAGAGUUAAAAACAUGAAGAGAGUUAAAAACAUGAAGAGAGUUAAAAACAUGAAGAGAGUUAAAAACAUGAAGAGAGUUAAAAACAUGAGGAGAGAGUUAAAAACAUGAAGAGAGUUAAAAACAUGAAGAGAGUUAAAAAACAUGAGGAGAGUUAAAAACAUGAAGAGAGUUAAAAACAUGAAGAGAGUUAAAAACAUGAAGAGAGUUAAAAAACAUGAAGAGAGUUAAAAACAUGAAGAGAGUUAAAAACAUGAGAGUUAAAAACAUGAAGAGAGUAAAAAACAGUUAAAAACACGAAGAGAGUUAAAAACAUGAAGAGAGUUAAAAACAUGAAGAGAGUUAAAAACAGUUAAAAUUAUGUGGAGAGUUAGUAACGUGACGAGUUGAUACCUCUGAGGAUGAACUUGGAGUUUUCUGAAUUUUUAAUGAGACAAAAACAGACAAACAUCACCAUCACUGUGAACUCUGACCUCCUUAUUAUCAGUGAGAGGACAGUAUCUCCACAGCUUUGACCUUCUCGCUCCAUCACCUCUGAUGGACAUGGACCCUGUGAGACCCUGUUCUGACUGAGGGUCCGGAUUUAAAGGUUCUUGUUUUGGAGUCAGAACCUCUAAAACUGCUGCUUCACUUUUCCUGGUUUGACCUUCUGCUCCUCCUCCUCCUCCUCCUUCAGGGGUCAGACUCCCAGCAGCACUCAGGGCCAGACUGCAGCCCCUGGACCACAGGGAGCCCCCGGUGCACCGCCCACCCACUUCCCUUCCCCCCCAGGGAUGAUGUCCCCAGAUAUGGGACCCAACCACGGGAUGAAUCAGGGGAUGCCCACCAUGGGCCCCGGUGGUCUACCCAUGAUGGGAGGAUUUCCAUCAGGUGAAGGAGGCGCUCUGCCCCCCGGGCCUCCUCAGGGUGGAGGAAACUUCUUCAAUAACUACUUCAACCAGCAGGAGGGGUCCAACAUGGAGGGCGUGGUUCAGGAGGGUGAGCGUGAACUUCAGUCCACCUGGAUCUCCAUCAGCUCUCCUCUGACCUCCUGUACUAACCACUUCCUUUCUCCUCAGGUGACAACUACCAGGGGUUCGAGGACAGAGGAGGAGGAGCCGGGAAAUUUGGCAAUCAAGGAGGCGGCCAAGAGGGCUCGGCUAACGGAGCACCGACCAAUCAGGGAGGGAUACCUGUGCCUGACUUCCUGCCGCCAGCUCAGCGCGUCCUGUUCAUGAGGAUCCAACAGAAGCAGCAGGAGGAGGAGGAGAGAGCUCGCAGGAUGGCGGAGGGAGGAGCAGAGAGGAGCAGAGAGGCUGAAGGUUAGUGCUUUAUAGAUAAACCUGUCCGGGUUCUUGGACCCGGGUCGCUGCGUCUGGUUCCUGAACGCCAUCAGACUCUGACCUGAACAGGUGAUGAACAUGCAGGUUCACCGACGAUCCCACAUGACACCCUAGAUAUAGUUUAGAGUUUCUCAGGAUCUACACCGUGUUUCUCUACGGGAUUAAAACUGUUUAAAAGUUUACUCUUUAGUCGAUCUAUCGAGGGUUUCCAGACAUUUCUACACCUGCUACAAGGUUUACAAUCUAACCACAAAAACAGGUGUUUGAUCAGAGACGUUUGAUGGUAAAUCCGCAGUGAAAACAGGAUUAUUGAUCAGAUUAAUGUGAUUAAAAAAAGAUCACUUCCGGGUUUGACGAGCUGUUAUGAUGACGUCUUUUUCCGUCAAACUUUCGACCAAUCACACGGUCUCAUAUUCUUCUUCUACUGUUCCCUUGAUGGUAGUGUCCAAUAAGAGACGAGAAAGUUCCCUGCUUGUCUGUAAAAUCAGAAAUAAUGUUCCUCAAUGUUUGGAAACAAGUAAAGAAGAGACUCUGAGCAGGAUGAUGUGGUCCUCUGUCUCAUCACAGAAACAACUGUAAACGGUCAAAAACUCCUGAAGAAUGAGUGUAAAUAUGUCAAUAGUUUCUGUUGUUUGUUUGUUCCAAUCCCAAUAUUUCUGCUCCUGAUAGACUUGAGAGGAUGAUGUUCAGGUGAGGAAAGGCUCGGUCUCUGUAGAUUCAUGUGUUUAUUCUAACAAAGUUCUGUUGGGAUCAGUUUCAGUUUUAGUUGACUUCGAUGGUUCUGGAUCUUCUGUCACAUUUACAUCAUCUUUAUCCAUAAACUGAAUCUGAGGUCGUCCUGAAAACAAAGACGUGUUUAUAUGGAGCUGGGAGUUAAAGGGUUAAAACAUGUCUGCUCUUUCCCAGGUGACUCAGGGAACUGGUACUCCAGUGAAGACGAGGAUGGCGGCGGCAGUGUGACCUCCAUCCUGAAGACCCUCCGUCAGCAGACCCAGCCUUCUCAAAAACCUGACGGACCCCCGAGUGACCCUCGCCUCCUGAAGGCCCCUCCUGCCAGCGCUCCUGCGCGCCCGGCAGACCCUCGCUUGGCUCGAGACCCUCGUCUGGCACGUGCCGCAGAUUCCUCCGAGUCCGCCCACGCCAUGCUCGCUCCGUCUUCUUCUUCUUCUGGACCGCCUGCAGACCCCAGGUUGGCCCGGCUGGCCGCUGCCUCGUCCCAGGGUCCUCCUGCCCCUAAAUCAGAACCUCCUCUGGUCUACAAGCCCCCCCCUCUCACGGCCCCGCCUGCAGAGGAGGAGGAGACGGAGCGAGUUCUGCGGGACAAGCCGGUACCGAUCCCUCUGGACCCGCUCAUGGGUAUGGCUCUGAGGGACCCCCGCUCUCAGCUGCAGCAGUUCAGUCACAUUAAGAAGGACAUCGUCCUCCACAUGCCGGCCUUCAUCAAGACCGUCACCUGGUCCCCUGAAGACCUCCUUCCUCUCCCCAUCCCAAAGCAGGACCUCCUCCCCCUCCCUCCAGGCAUCCCUCCGGUCCCCUCGGUGGAUUCACGCCUCUCUCGCGCUCCGCAGCCCCCCCCGGUCCAGCCUCCUCUGGACCCCCCUGCCUCCUCCUCGUCCUCGUCUCUGCCGGACUUUGAGCUCCUGUCUCGAAUCCUGAAGACCGUGAACUCCAGCCCGUCUCAGACCCCCUCCCCUCCUCUUUUACCUCCCGCUGCUCCCCCUGGACCCCUGCUGGGCCCGCCCCCCUCGAUGCCUCCUGUAGAAAAACCCGUAGACCCCCGUAUGGCCCGUAAAGUCCCCACAGACCCCCGUCUCCAGCCCCAGAAGUCGGCCCUGAAGCCGCCCUCUGACCCCCCCACAGCUCCUCCUGUCACCUCCAUCUCCUCAGUAACCACCUCUAGCUCCUCCCCUCCCGCCAUCGCUCCUUAUGACCCCCGGCUGCUCUCCACUGGGGGGGCGGGGCGCAGUGUGGGCUCAGGGUCACCAGGGGGAGCCAGUGUUCUGAGCAGCAUCAGUCUGUAUGACCCCAGGACUAAUAAACCGGGUAGUCCUGGUACCAGCAGUGGUUCUAACAACUCCCCCAACUCAGCCAGUACAGACCCCAAACCCAGUGACCCCCCAACCAGUAAACCCAAGUCCAAGGAGCCCCUGUUUGUCCGCAAGUCCGCCUUGGACCAACCCGAGCCUGAGAAGAGCUCAGAGGGGGGGACGGACCGGUACAACAGCUACAACAGACCCCGACCCAAACCGGCCCCCUCGCCCAACUCCACGGUCCAGGGGGGGGCCGGGGGGGCCGCGGCUGGAGGUCAGGGGGCUGCAGGAGCUGCUGGAGAUCAGGGUCCCUCCGGGGUCCACAAUCUACCCGUGUCGUCUUUAUUCGGGGUGGCCAAACAGGCAGCAAAGCCUGCUGGGACAAGUAGUCCGUUCGGAGGCAGCAGCCCGGUCCAGACGGACCAGACCGCCACCGAGCAGGACAACGCCUCCCUGAAGGACGUUUUCAAAGGGUUCGACCCCACAGCCUCGCCCUUCUGUCAGUGACCCCCCAACCCUGAACUCUGAGGGAGUUUUUACACGAGUGAGGAGAGAGAGAGAGAGAGAGAGAGAGAGAGAGAGAGAGAGAGAGAGAGAGAGAGAGAGAGAGAGAGAGAGAGAGAGAGAGAGACUGCACUGAGAACACACACACACACACACACACACACACACACACAGUGGGGGGGCGGGGUCAGGGUUCAGAGUAAAUUUUAAACAGACUCGUGGGUCGUUUAUAAACCUGGUUCCUCUCUCUGCUGGACAGUCCGUCACACAGCAGCUUCGUUCAUGAGGCGUCCACCCGUGACCUCCUCCUCCUCCGCCCGCCGUCUGUCCUCGCUCUCCUCACCUUUAAACUGGUCGUCUCUGAUUGGACGCUCAGAGCUGAUGAUGUUCUGGCCGUGACAGGAAGUAGCGUUGGCGGUGUUUGUUAGUGAUGAGCGCUGCAGUCGACCACAGAAACCAACAUGUCUGCCUUUGUGUCCCACAUUUCUGUUCUUGUUUCUUUGUUCAGAACUAAAGUAAAUUUUUUAUCUCGAUGCGUCAUGUCGUCACACUUUCUGCACAAACUUCCUCAAAUCUCUCUUCUUCUUCUUUUUCCUCUUUCUAGUAUUUAUUAUUUUUCUACUUCUUUGCACUGACGCCGCCGCCGCCGCCGCCUCGUGUUCUUGGAGGGCGGACUUUAUGGUUUUAACGUGUUCACACCUGGUUCGGACCCCUCACAGCCUCAGGUGAAGGUCAAAUCAGAAAUGAGGGUUUGAAUGUUUGGUGACCGAGGAGCGUUCAGAGUUUCAUCUACGUUCUUCUGUUCGGGUCUGAGUCAGGAAACCGCGUCUGACCUUUGACCGGGUCAGCUCUUCACAGAACUGAAUCCAGACUGAAGGUCUCUGUUGGUGGUUGGAGGACGUGUUUGCGUCCUCGUUCAGGAGCUUCUCGCUUUAACGGCUGGUGUGACAAUCUUUAACCUCGACUUGGACCUAAAACUUCGCUCACACACGAAAUCUCUGACCGCUGCUGUCCGCCUGAGCGCCGCCUUUAGACGACCAUGUGACCGAACUUUGGGACUCCUCAAACACAGACUGAACAGGGUCAUCACGGCGCUCAUGUCCCCGUCUUCAGCUCGCUCCUCCUUCAGCUGUUGGAGUCAGGAGGAGGCGCAGGUUCAUGGUUGGUUUCAGGAGAGUGUGUGUGUGUGUGUGUGUGUGUGUGUGUGUGUGUGUGUGUGUGUGUGUGUGUGUGUGUGUGUGUGUGUGUGUGUGUGUGUGUGUGUGUGUGUGUGUGUGAGAGUGAGGCUGCGUUUGUAUAAAUGUUGAUCAUUUUAAUUUAUUUUUAUACAGCAGUGAGUUAAACUUCUGGAGGUUUUUGAACAGAAUCAUUUUAUAUACGAGGAGGAGGAUGAUGAUGAUGAUGAGGAUGAUGAUGAUGAUGAUGAUGAGGAGGAGGAGAUACCUGCUCACCUGGGCGGGACAGAGGCCGCCUGGUUCUGAGAGAGAAAGAGAGAGAGAGGACAGAGACAGAGAUUAUUUUUUUAUUUAGUUUGUGUAAAAAGAUUAAAAACUAACUUCAGAUUGACGGUCGAUCCUCCGCUGAUGAAGAGCUGCUGAGAGUCUGAGACGUCAGGUGGAUUCGCGGGUUCGUCGUUUUCUUUACGGCUUCUUCUUCUUCUUCUUCUUUGUUGUUUUAUACGUUUGUUUUUUUUUCUUGCUCUGUAAAUCGACCAGAAUCUGUGGAGGAGUUUUCUAACUGUUGACUGUAGGUGAGGAUGUCAAAGUAUUGAAAUAAAGUUGAUACAACAUCAGACGCCCUAACCUGGUUUUCACUCAUUCAUGUUAAAAAAAAAGAGGUUUAACUUUAGUGGAAAUAAUCAGUCAGAGGAGGAGAGAAGACGUCAGACUGGAGAUACACUUUAAUAUAUAUAAUUU